UAGACCUAGCUCUAGACAAGAGAUUCGGAUGCAGCCUUAGUCUGAUCUCCGGUACAGUCAGUUCCACUGGUCUCCAUUCUUCAUGUAUAUACUGGAGAUCAAUAGUGGCUUCCUAUUUUGAGAUGUAUUAGAAUACAAGUGGCUGAAACCAGACCCAAUUCUACCGCUGGAUUUGAUUGCUGAUGAGUCGUGUGUGUGUGUGCAUCAUACUGAAAAUUACAUGUAGUUCUGUCCAUGGUUGACCCAUCCCCGAAGUACAUGUAUGAAAAUGUCACUCCCCCCAGAAAAGAUCACCGAGUUGAAGCAGAUCAUUCACAACCAACUUAAUCAGAUGGAUGUGCAGAUGCGCAUCCGCGAUGUUUUGUCCACCUCUCUACUCGACGAGAGCCAGGAAGGGCACACGCGUGAUUUUGGAGAGCGGGAAUUGCUUCAAGUCCUGCGCGACCAGGGCAUCAUUGAGGAGGUCAUGAGUCGGUUGCAGUUUGGUGGGGCCGUCGGGUUGCCAUCCAAGCCUGGGACAGCUCCCCAUCAGGAACCCAAACCAGCCAGCCACUUCCCGGACAAGCAGGACAAGGUCAUGGGUGUUCCCCUGAAGAAAGCUAACAUUGACCCCACCCGACGCUACCUCUACCUCCAAGUUCUCAGCGGCAAGGCCUUCCUGGAGCACCUCCAAGAGCCUGAACCACUGCCUGGCCAGACCACCUCAACCUUCCUGCUUCAUGUCCACUUUCGCGGCCAGCGCUUCCGGUCAAGGCCUGUGCCCUGCGCGUGUGAGCCGGACUUCCGAGAGGGCUUCUUGCUGGAACUUCACAAAGAGAGUGGAGGUGAUGCAUCAAGAAUGCUGGACGCUACAUCUAUGCUGUCCAUCUGCGACCCAGUCCAUCUUGUGCUGGUCAAGACGGACCCGUUGGGUGACACCAGUCUGGUUUCCUCACACUUACUGCAGUGGCGCACCGUGUUGAGCUCGCAGGGUGCCAGACAGACCAUCGCUGUAGAACUUCUAGGCUUAGGAGCAGAGAGUAAGGUACCAGUUGGUAUGUUGGAAGUGAAACUAGAGCUUCUGCCUACACCAGGCCAGCUACUCACAGAAGAGGUCAUCACCACACAGAUAAAUUUGGAGAGAAGUCGGACGUCAGAGCGAGAGCGACUGUUCCUGGUGUACGCCAAGCAGUGGUGGAGGGAGUUCCUUCAGAUAAGACCAUCCCACCAAAACAGACUGGUCAAAAUAUUUGCACAGGACGAAAAUGCCACCAACCGUCCAGUCUGCGCCUUUGUCAAACCCCUCCGUGCGGGUCGCCUGUUGGACACGCCUCGUCAAGCCGCCAGAUUCGUCAGUGUGAUUGGGUAUGAGCAAGCACCAGCAGUGGGCGGGGGGCAAGCGAGGGAACAGUGGAGCAGUAUGCACGCCUUCCUGUGCAAGAAUAAAGGGGAUUGCGAGGACCAUGCUGUCUUGCUGUGCAGUCUGCUCCUGGGCUUUGGGCUGGACGCCUACGUCUGUGUAGGGACCAAGGCCAAAGGAGCUGCUCACACCUGGGUCGUCACACUGGGGGUCGAUGGUCUGGUAACAUUCUGGGAGAGUCUGACUGGCCACAGGUAUAUCCACCAGCCAAUCAACCCAAACGAUCCGCCCAUAGUUGACCAGCCACGCCCUCAGUAUCCCUACCGCACCAUUGGCUGUGUCUUCAGCCACCAACGAUUCUAUGCAAACAGCCAGCCAUCAGAUAAUGUCGAUGUCUGUCGUUUCGUCUUCCAUGACGAGUCCCUCUGGAAGUCAAUGAGCGUUGAUGCCAUCCAGUCAGUCUGUGGCUCUGGAAGCCAGGCUUCUUGGCCCAAUCUGCCUCCGUUAGUCCCCUCGCCGUUUGAUGCAGCUUUAGUGAGUAACGAGAUUGAACUGUCACUUAGGAGUCUGGUUUCAGACCACAGGAAGGAUCUGGGCCUGACGUGCAUCUGGGACUCCGAACUCUCCUACUUGCUGACCCCGGCCCUGGCUGCCUACGAGAUGGAGCGGUCAGCAGGUGUGGUCGCAGGCAAUGAGGAGUUCCAGCAGGCCAUACGCCGCGCCGUGCCCGACGGCCACACCUUCAAGGGAUUCCCCAUACAGUUUGUGCACCGAAAUGCCAGGCGGGCGUUUGCUGCAUGCAUGAGAUCGCCUGUGUGCGAAGAGAUCAUAUGCUGCCGCGGCGACUAUGUCAAGCUUGCCGUGCGGGCCCGAGUCUUCACCUACCCCGAAUCGGCAUGUGCUGUUUGGAUAAUGUUUGCCUGUAAAUACAAAUCUGUGCUGUGAGACCAGAUACCAAGCAUUCUGAGGGACUCAAGCUUUGGAUGUUGGAGAAGUUGCUCGUGAUUUGCCAAAGGGCAUGUCCACACCUGUUUCCAUUUCUGUGCUUCCAAUGGGAUUAGAGCCUGACCCCGGAGGAAAGUUGAAGAAUUCUAUUGAAAUUGAUAGAAAGCGGAGUGUUCUAGAUUACACAGGAUAAACGGUUGUGGUUCAGCUUUUCUGUUGUCACAUUGUGAGGUCUUUUUUUAAAGCCAGAAAUGAUGCAAACUUUUCCCUCUCGUCAGAUUGAGAGACUUGCAUGAUUUUGGACAUGGGGUGAAGAAUGCCAGGCCAGUUGUUUCAACAAAGGUUAUUUCCAGCAUGAGAAAUAUAAUUCGUAAAUCACCACACUCUUCAGGACCUGACAAAAUUAAAAAUCUAGGUCUUCUUGUACCUUUACAAGCAUGUAAAUGUAUGUAGUCACAAUUGUAUCAAUAAACAGGUGAAAAUAAAUGAAUCAUCUACAUGUAAACUACUGUGUUCCGGUGCAGUCAUCAUUCAUUGAUUGAAGGACAUUAUUUUGGCAAGAAGUUAGACGUACUGCUUAUGUUUGAAAUAUGCCUCAUUUCCUAACAGGAAACUCUUGCCUACCAUCACAUUUACAUGUAAAUUGCAAUUAAGAAGGACAAGCAUAUCAAUCAAUCAGCAUAUCUUUUUCCUUCACACUGGCUUGUAGCACAUGGCACAGGCUUCAAAAGAAAUUUAUUGCUUGUCAGAAUUAUUGAAGCUGUGAUAGGAUAGGCUGUUGGGAACUCGGCAAAUAGCCUAGGAUAAACAUAAAUUUAUACUAUGCCGGAAGAGCAGAAAAAGCAUCAAAACGCAAUUUACUAAGCAUGGAAGCUUAAAAGGGUUAUUUCUUUCAAUCACUAGUAAACAAAGUGCACAAUCUUGGCAACGGUAAAAGUAUAGCUAAUUGAACCUGGGGAGCCAAAAAAGAGAACAUGUUAUUGCCCUUGUGGCAAAUGGAACUAGACAGAUCUAAUUAUGUGUGCUGUGAAAAGGACCAAGGUGAUACACUUCACAGGUGUGAGUACAUCAAACUACUGCUUGAACCUUUUGCCAGUGAAAUGGUAAUUGGCAGGGACAGUAUUGAAGUGAUUUACUGACAACUGGGUACUCUGAUAGGAGUCACAGAGGACCAGACCCAUGGCAGGGCUGGAGGAGAGCAAACUCUUCAUUCUUAGCUUAGGUUCCCCUACAAUCGUCCGAGUAUGCUUAGUUAACUAGUCUCUAAGCAAUGCUCCCAAUGAUCACAGAUGGUGUCAAUCACUUAUUUCCAUCCACUGCCAUCUUGGCAAUCUACCUUCUCUCUCAGGAAUGCUUCUUUUUGGUAUUUCAACUUGGGGAGGUGCUUUUAGUUGGCCCAGAAACAGGACUGGGUUGCAACUUUUGUUAUACAGGGCGAGAGAACACGAGCAAUUCAUAACUUCUUGAGGAGGCAGUGGAAUAUGUUGUAUUGAACUGGAAUGUAAUUGAACUGUAGUUGAAUGACGUAUUGAAUGUAAUAUUAGCAUGCUCAUAUUAUGUGGAGUGUCCUGUCGAUCUGAUAGAUGAGUAGGGUGGCAAGUUUUCAUCCUGUGGACCCUAUCUGGUUUGAGCCAAAGGUGAAGUCUGUUAUCAGUGCUAGAUCCAGAGCCGCUUUGAAAUGUACUAGUUUAAAAACCACCCUAUCACACUUUAAUUCUCAUCCAUAAAUGCCUCUUUGAUGAAAAAUAAAAAGUAAGUCAAAAAUUUAU